AUGGCGGAAGAAGCGCAGACAGUCAACCUCAAGAUCCUUUCACCCUCGUCUGAGGUGGAGGGUGGUGUGAACCUCGCAGACGUCCCCGCUUCCACCACGGUCAAAGAGCUCCGGAGCCGCAUACAGGAUGCCGCGCCCUCGAAGCCUGCCCCAGAGCGCAUGCGCCUCAUCUAUCGCGGCAGAGUAGUGGCCAAUGACGCCGACACACUGAGCAAUGUGUUUGGCGUGGACAAUGCCAUGGCGCAACAGCAGAACAACGAGCAGACCCCAGAUUCGACAUCUCAGCAGCCAGGACCAGACGCACCAAGACCCGCGGACACCGCUCAAGGACUGCCCAACCUCCCCGGAAAUGGCGACCAACCACUACGACGCGAAGGCGUGGGUCCCAACGGGGCACGAUGGACAGUCACAUACAAUCAGGUCAACAUACCUGCGCACAUCCGGCAGCCUGUUCCUGCAUUCGGUCUUACUCAGCCGAUAGCGUUUGGUCGUCCACCGGUCCCGCCAGGCGUUCUUCCCUCAAUGGGCCAUGACAGUACCCAGCGCUUGUUGCCACGCAUCCAGACAAUCUUCCAGGAAGCACAACGUGAGAUGGAAAACGUGCGAACCUUGCUGCAGCCUGCGCGUCCAUCAGAGACACAGACUGAUCGACUUUCAAUUUCAAACACCUCUCCCCUGAACCUACCGGUUUGGCGGAUUGACCACAUCCGUCAACACCUGAACACCAUCAACCAGAACUUGAACGUUGUGGAGCGGGCCCUCGCCCUUCUCCCUACAGAACCCGAGGUGGUAGCGCUGAGACGCUCAGUAACCGAGAUCAGAGUGGACGCACUAGAGUUGAACAUCAUACUCGAUCGUCAACAAGGCGGAAGCCCCAGUCGAUCAAGCAUGUCCACAGCCAUCAACACUCCGAUUCUCGGACCUUCCUCUAGCACAAUACCAGGCGCUCCGAUAAUGACUCCAGCUGUGCCUACUACAUCUCAACCACGAACACAGAACACUACUCAGGCAAUGCCUACAGAUGCGCCAACAGAGUUGUUCCUCUUAUCAAGCCCUCAGGGCCCGGUUGGCGUUCUAUUCGAUCAGCAAGGCACAUACACCACUGCCCCCAUGGUCUCGACACUUCCAUUUCAGAGUUUUACGAACCAGUUUGCUCAGAACAGACAGCUCCUCAAUGGACUUGGACAGCAGAUAGCACAGGGGGGUCAGCCCUCUCCGCCGAACUUGGAGCUGCACAGGCAGCUAGCCAACAUGAGCCAGACCCAACGUCGGGACUGGAUCCAGAAUCAAAACCAAAUCCAAAACCAGAAUCAAAAUCAGAAUCAGAACCAAAAUCAGAAUCAAAAUGCGAACGUAAACGUAAACCAACCAGAAGAGAACGAUCGUAUGGUCAACGUCGCUGGGCAUAUGUGGCUGAUCUUCAAGCUGGCAGCAUUUGUUUACUUCUUCUCAGGAGGUGGCGGCCUCUAUAGACCUAUCAUGCUUGGUAUCGUCGCAGGUGUGGUUUACCUAGCACAAGCCGGCAUGUUUCAAGAGCAGUUCAACGUUGUCCGUCGUCACUUCGAGGCUCUUCUCCCUGUCGGAGCCUUGGCCGAACGCGUGGCUCAGCCCAACAACCAGCGCCAAACGCAACAUCGAGGUAACCUAUCACCCGAGGAAGCUGCGAGGAGAAUACUGCAGCAGAGGAGAGAUCAGAGAUUUGGAUGGUUCAGGGACAGCAUGCGCACAGUCGAACGCGCUUUUGCGCUGUUUGUUGCCAGCUUGUUUCCUGGUGUUGGAGAGCGGAUGGUCCACGCGCAAGAGGAGAGGGAGAGACUCGAAAGGGUGGCAGCUCGAGAAGAGAGGGAACGUCAGGAGGAAGAGGCGAGAAGAAGGGAAGAAGAGGCCCAAGCACAGCGCGAGCAGAGAGAUGAAAAGAAGACCGAGGCCGAUCCCGAGCCACAAGAUGGGUCGAAUGCAAGUGUAGGCACCAAGGGCAAGGAGAGGGCAGCGACAGAGGAAGAGGCUACUGCUCCGGGUCCUUCUUCAUGA